UAUUAAUUAAUUUGUUUGAACGAAACAAUUAUAUAUUCUAACUCGUGCUCAACUCUUAGCCAGUUUGCAUUAUCAUCAAAGGAGUCGUUGUACCAGAGGGAACGCAAUCAAUUUUUUACGGAUCCCGCCGAGUGGUUGAUUUUUAUUUCCUAACCCUGAGCAUUGACGGAAUUUUGGGCAGUCUCAUUCCGCAAACAUUCGAUAUGUCUUCAAGUGCAAAAGAAAUUGUUGCAAACAACAUAGACGUUAGUUCUGAUACAGCAGUGGAACAAGAAGAUGAAUAUAUUGUAGAAAAAAUUUUAGAUAAACGUGUAAUUAAGAAUAAGGUGGAAUACUUUCUUAAAUGGAAUGGCUACGAUGACACAGAUAAUACUUGGGAACCUCUAGAAAAUCUCAAUUGCAAAGAUUUGAUUAUUGAUUUCGAAAAAAAUUUAAAACAACAAAACGAUAGAAAAAAAAAGGAAAAACUUGAGCGUGGUCGUAAACGUACAUCAUCAGAAGCUGGUCUCUCGCAGGACUCUAAAAAACACAGGAAUUCUUCUAUUUAUAAUUCGAAGAUUAGGGUUGAAAAGGCUGAUGAGUCAUCAGAAGCUGGUCCCUCUAUACCGAAGAAAUCUAAGACCCUCUUGACCGAAAAUAAUGAGAAUAGUGUGACAGAAGGUUCGAAGGAAAUAGAAAAUAAUUCAACAACGACUUCAAUUAAGAAACAAGUAAAAGAAAUAAUUGGAGCAACUAAUUUUAAUGGAUCAUUGGAGUUUUUAGUGAAGUGGGAAGGACUUCGCAAAACUGAAUUUGUCUCAGCUGAAGAGCUGAAAUUAAAGUGCCCACAGAUCCUUAUCAAGUACUAUGAAGGAAAACUUAAAUGGCGUGACGAGCCUGGAAAUAAUAAUUGACAUUAAAUAAAAAUACUUAAAUGUUAGUAACUAAACAUAA